AUGUCUGUCCCGAGUCUGAGCGCAAGGUCAUCGUUGGAAAGCUUGAAUGCAGGCUCAUCGGUGGAAAGUCUUCGAUGCAGCUCCCCUGCCCUAUCAGACAUCUCGGUACCGGAUACGCUGCCGCCGGCCGUAUCGGGUCCGAUGGUAUGGGAAGGGAGCGAACUCAAAGACUACGUCGUUCACUUUACACCUUCCGAAAUCGAAGCUAUUGAGGCCGCAGUCCUUUCGUUCCGACUUUCCGGAUCUCCUAUCGAGUGCCUUGAUCGGUCUAACUUUCCACUUCCACCUUUUUUGGCUAGCAAGCUAGCUGCCGUGAGCAAGGAGGCCCAUCGCGGAUGCGGGAUCGUCGUUUUGCGAGGUCUCGGAGCGUCGGGGGUUCAUGUGCAGAAUGACGGAAAUGAUCAGGUGGCCAGGUUCAACGACAAGGAAGCAACAAUAGCCUUCGCAGGAAUCUCAGCGCAUGUCUGUCCUCUUCGUGCGACGGACUCUUAUGCGAAUCAGACUUUGAGCCAUGUCUGGGAUGCCACUCAGGUCAAAGCUCCCGCGGGCGCCGAGGGCAUAGGACUCGCCGGCUCAAAGGUCAACGUUGCGAUGGAUUUCCAUAGUGACCGGUUUUCGGGCGAUGUACUGGCUCUGCACGUUCGUAACGACGGCGGUAGUGGUUGUGGCGGAGAGCAAUACGUUGCCAGCUUUUGGAGAAUCUACAAUGCUCUGCUGGAGACCGAGCCAGAAGUAUUGGAAACGAUGGCUAGUGCGGAUUGGCCAUUCGAGCUGAAGCAGAAGGAUUCAGCUCCAUACCUCGAGUUGGGGCCAACUCUAUUCUUCUCCAAGGGCAAGCCGAUGGUCCAGCUCGUCAAAGCCCCGCUUCUAGGCACACCCCAUAUUCCGCGGGAACCCAACAUGCCGGCUCUUACAGACAAGCAAAUGCACGCUCUUGAGGCUGUGGAGAGCCUAGCUCGACAGUUCUCGACGAAACUUGACCGCCAGCAAGGGGACAUCCAAUUUAUCAACAACUUGAGCAUCAUGCACGCGCGCGCUGCAUACCAUGGAACGAACAGUAAGCCAAGCACCCGACAUCUGCUUCGCAUGUUCCUUCGCGAUCCCGAGAAUGCAUGGGAAAAGCCGGCGAGCUGGUUGCACAAGUUUGACGAUCCAUUCACUCCUGGACGACCGCAGAACAUUCCCAUUCGAGACACUGACCCGCACCGCGGUAUCAGCGGGCGCGAUAGUCACGGUUAGAAGGGGGAGUAUUGUCCAGUGAAUGUUUCCCAUCUUUCCUAAUUUCAUUUCUUUUUCUUCCUUCUCCCUUCGUUUGGUUCUUUAGGUGCAGGCAGGGCGAAUCUUUCCUUUCUCCUUGUGCAUAUAGAUUGGGACGGACGGGUCAAGACUUCGGCAUGACCAGUUUCAAAUGGCGCUCUGGGGGUUUCACAAGGAGAUUGUAUGAUAUCCAGACUGUGAAUGAAACGACUCAAGCCAAUCUCAUUAGUACCCAUAUCUGAGCAAGUAAGCGAUCGGAAAUAUGUCAGCAGAAGUGAGUCGCACACGCUUAAC